AUGCCUCUGACCGAACGGAGUGCGGAACGGGACAGAGCAUCCCGAGGCAUCGGACAAAUUACGAUGCCCAGCAAUCCAUAUGGAGUGAGGAUGAGCUCGUCUCGUACGCUUGGAGGUGACGAUGAUCUUGAGAGACUGGCGCAGAAGGUCGUUGCAAGGUACCAUGAUACCCCGCCGGACAAAAGGCUCUUGGUAUCCGUAGCAGGGAUUCCGGGAUCGGGCAAAAGCACUCUUGCAUAUCCCUUGACAGACCGUAUAAACGCCUUGAUAUCCGGUCACGCACCUCUCCAUCCAUCUCAUCUACGGCCUGACGAGCAUAUCGCCUCGCCGGACAAGAAAGCAGGGACGGGAAGCGACGAAGUGGCCAUCUGUGUAGGACUGGAUGGAUGGCACUUGACGAGAGAGAAGCUGGACACGUUUCAUGACCCAAAAGACGCUCAUUGGCGCAGGGGAGCCCCGUUCACAUUCGACCUCUCGUCAUAUUUGACGUUCUUACUGCAUCUACGGCAGCCACUGCAGCCCAAUCCCCCUGUGGGCAUUCCUUUUCCGACAUUUGAUCAUGCUCUGAAAGAUCCACGACCGUCUCCUGUUCCCAUCCUGCCCCGCCAUCGAAUCGUUGUCUUGGAGGGUCUAUACACUCAUCUCGCAAUACCCGGAUGGAAGGACUGCGCAGAGAUGUAUGACAUUCGCGUGUGGGUGGAUGUCGAUCCAUCUAUAGCCAGAGGACGAGUCAUCGAGAGGAACUUCAGAGCUGGGAUCGUGAACGAUCUCGAUAGAUGUGCCGAGCGAGUGGAUGCGGUUGACAUGGAGAACGCGAAGCUUAUAUUGGAAAACAGGAUAGAGGCGACGGAUGAAGUCCAUCCGGAGGAUGUACCGGGCAACCAGGACCCUUGAUUUUGCGGCUGCGAUCACUGUGCCUCGUCUUCUUUAAAUGCAUCAGUCUUAAGCAGCCCUCGAUUGGGGAGACAUGUCUUCUGAAUCCUAUUGCUUGCCCCUGUCCGU